AUGGUGGAGGAGUCGGUGGGAGUGGAUUGGUCAGGAGGGGUCGUUCGUCCUACCGCCGUCAUUGUCUCGGAGUGGACGAGGUCUAGGCCAAGAUCAACCAGUGCCCGACGCUGCUCGACCCCGCUCGGUUCUGCUGUGGUGGCCCCAUCGGCUCCCCGGCAAAUCACGGUGCUGUGCGCACGCCCCGCCUCGCGCAACCUCUCCUCUUCCAAUAACCCCUUGAUCCAGGUGGCCUCCUCCGGCGACGGCGGCAACACGACCUGCUGCUGUCGAGGAGGCCAAGGCACCACCGUCCAGGAGGCCGAGGUGCUUCAGGCCCCUCCAACGAGAUGA